AUGCCAAUUGAUCAAGAAAAAUUAGCUAAAUUGCAAAAACAAAGCAACAACAAAGUUGGUGGUAUCAGAAGAAAAGCUAAAAAACCAACUCAAAAACCUUCAGCUGAUGAUUCAAAAUUACAAGCUACUUUACAAAAAUUAAACGUCCAAACUUUGGAUGGUGUUGAAGAAGCCAACUUCUUCAAAGAUGACGGUAAAGUCUUGCAUUUCAACAGAGUUGGUGUCCAAGCUGCUGACCAACACAACACUUAUGGUUUCUAUGGUAUUCCACAAGAAAAGGAAAUUACUGAAUUAAUUCCAAACAUUAUUCCUCAAUUAGGUGCUGAAAACUUGGACAUCUUGUCUAAAUUAGCUGCUCAAUUACAACAACAAAAAGGUGCUGCUCCAGAAGGUAAAGCUGAAGGUGAUGAUGAAAUCCCAGAUUUAGUUGAAGGUGAAAACUUUGAAUCUCAAGUUGAAUAA